AUGAAGCCGGAUGCCGUCGUCAACCUGGCUGUCAGGCACUUUGAGACGGUGCGCGACGCGUAUCUCAAGUUCGCUGAGGCCAUCUUGGUUGAUGAAAGUGACUAUGUCGUCAGCGACACUCGCGCAGGCGGCCGGGUUGACAGGAAGGAAGCAUACCGUCAAUCUCAAAGCCCUUGCAAAUGGGUGGCCUCCGCCAGCACGACAGUCCUCGAAAUCAGCAUGCGCAAGGCUAUUCUCAAUCAAGCUAUCAGACCCAGCCGACUUAUCGAGGGCCGCCUCAAGGCUACUCGCAACCCCAACCCUUAG